AUGGUUUACAAAAUAAAGAAACACUCAACAAUGCCCGUUCACGUAGUCGAUGACCAUAACGAUGCAUUGCGAUAUAUCUACCGGGAAAUAGGUUCAAAACACUUGCCCUUGUAUGGCAAUGUUCUGUUGCAUUUCGAUUCGCAUCCCGACUUGUCCAUUCCGAAAGAUAUGCCGGCCGAUUACGUUUACGAAAAAGAACAGUUGUUUGACUCGUUGAGCAUCGAGAACUGGAUACUGCCAGCUGCGUAUGCCGGACAUUUUGAUAAAAUUAUCUGGGUAAAGCCUCCUUGGGCACGGCAAUUCAAUGAAGGUGAAAUUGUGUUCAGUAUUGGCAAGCACAAGACGUCUGGCGCCAUACGAUUGACUAAUUCUAGUGAUUUCUAUCUGAGUGAUGGUCUUUAUUGUUUGGAAAAUGAUCUCAUUAAUAUAAGAACAAUCAAGUUGUUUGUGUUCACCAUGUGUAGUUCAGUGUUUGACGAUGGCGAGGAAAAAUUUGAGCUAUUACGAAAUAAGUUUAUCGAGUACACUAGAGAUAAUCCUUAUUAUAUCUUAGAUUUUGAUUGUGACUUUUUCUCCACAAACAAUCCAUUUCUGACCAUGUACGACAAAGCAAAUCUGUAUACUAAUCUACAUAAAAUUUACUCAUAUAACUCUCCGACUAAUAAAGAGGACGUUAACAGUUUACUACAAUGUUCUCGCUCUAGAGAAGUAUUAUUGCAAGAAUUAGAAUCUGUGUUCAUGCAUCUUGAUGACGGGAAGUCAUUAGAUGAGUAUCCGACUGAAACUUUAACUGCCGUAAAUACUGAAGAUUUAUCGUUUAUUGUAAACGAGUUGUUGAAACAUUACGAUACAAUUGACUGGUUGAUAGUGCAUAAUGCUGGUUGCACAAUUGACAACAUUGAAUUACCUAACCAUCACACGGACAUAGCUGAUAUCGCGAAAUCUAUGGAUAUUGUAUUCAACUUUUUACCUAUUAUACACGAACCAGCUGCCAUUACAAUUGCCUUGUCCACAGGAGAUGAUUACUGUCCAUUGGAAAGUGCGCGCUUUAUUAAUGAAUCAUUGCUAGCAAAGCUAGAAUGCUUGUAUAAUAAACUGAAUGUUCAAAAAUGUACUGAAGGUUCCUAA